AUGCCUUUGGCUCAAAAGCCUAACCGCAAGGCAGCGUUGUUUGGCGGGAAAUGCAAAUGCAUUACCAUUUCUACGGAACAAGUCGCCACACAUGUUCCAACCCCUGGCCUAGAGGGACAGGAGACUGUAUUCGUCAGACCUCUAACCAACCUGCUAUGGGAGACUGCCUCCAGAUCUCGUCACACAGACGAUGGUCGAGCCAUACGCACAAAGAAUCCUACAGGUUUGGCAAUUAACCAGAGGUAUCGAUGCGGAAAUUUUGUCAGCUCCGCGAAGAAGGUGGAACUAAUCGCUCCCACGCCUCCGUUUGACGUAAAAUUCGGUCAACGACCAAUUGACAGCCAGAAAACACCAACUGGUCAGUGA